AUGCAAAAAUUGCUUCAAAGGGGUCAUAACAAGGCAUCCUGUAAGAAUCCCAAGGUCACACCAGAACCCAAACCCAAGAAAAAAAUGGGUAGACCAAGAUUGGAUCUUGAUAUCAGUCAUUGGACUAGAGGUGGUGUCAGAGGUAGUAGAGGUGGUGUAAGGGGUAGUAGAGGUGGUAGAGGGGGUAACAGAGGUGGUGCAGUGGGUAACACAGGUGAUGUAGUGGCUAACAGAGGUGGUAGGGGUAGUAAGAGAGGUGGUAGGGGUAGUAAAAGAGGUGGUAGGGGCAGUAAGACAUCUGUUGGAAUUGAAGGUGGUGGAGUGGCUGAAGUUGAAGGUGGUGGAGUGGCUGAAGUUGAGGAUGACACUAUUCCUGAAAAAUAUUUAGUCCAUUUAUGGAAGGCAAUGCAAGAUUUGAAACUAUCAGGGUAUUCAACUGAAGAAAUUAAAAAGUCACUUAGUCUGACAGAUUCACAUAUGAAACAACUCAAUGAUUACAAUGACACUAUUGAACAAGUUCUUCCUAUGUCUAUGGAAGAGGAGUAUCCACCUCAGACUGAGACACAAGAUGGGGCUGAAGAAAUUAUCCCUGAGACACAACCAGAAAGUGAGGAAGAAGAAGAAGGCAUUAAUGACACCCAUGAAUUACCAGUACACCUUAGGAUUGUGAAAAAAAGAAGGCCCUCUGAGAGGAUUGUUAAAACCAAGCUGAAGAAGAUGGGAUGUGUUGGGACUUCUUCAAAUUCAGCAUUGGAGUUGGAUUAGACUGUUAGGGUGUUAAGGGUAGUAAGGGUAUUUUGGUACAUAUUUUGUGAAUGCUACUUUUGUGCCUCUUUUUUGAAUGCUACUUUUGUAUAUCUUUUGUGAAUGCCCUUAAAUUACUGAUAACCAUAUUUUGUACAUCUUUUGUAAACACAUUGAAACAUAGUGAAUGCCCUUAACAUGGUUGGUAAUGACAUAUUGGAG